ACGUUGUGAUGGUACAAAGAUACCUGGUGCCCAUCUCUAUCGAGGUCAUAGAAUGCACCAUGUAUGCACCUUUGUACUCCUUACACACUUGCACACUCGUAUAUACUCAAUCGUGCCCGCCCGGAGCCCAUCAUUGAUCUCAUCCUUGAUCUCAUCCUUGAUCCCAGAACGACGGAAUUCACGGAGCCCUUCCGACUUUGAGCCCUUCGAGUACCUACCGAUACCAAUAAGUACCGAUAUAAACACUGCGGCUUCUAGAAGCUCAUAAGCCGGUUAGGUACCUAUGUGUAUAGAAUAGAGUAGAGUCUUUCCCCAAUCCCCAGCGGGGGAGCCGGGUACAGCUAGAUCGUCAAGACAGCCACAAUCGUCCCGUGUUGUGCUGUGCCGUCUCGUGCUAUAUAUCGUCCCAAAACCGCCAGCAAGACUCAAAUAUACCAUAUAGGGGCCAAGUUGAUAGUACAAUGAUCACCAGGCGUCACUGAUCAUCACGAUCAGCUUGUGCCGGUAUGAUACUUGAGUAGAGUAGUAGCAGCUCUGGAAGGUGGACGUCCCG